GUCAAUUUGACAUUUAACCUUGUGUAUUGUGGUGUAGACCGCCCGACGCUGUAUAGUUUAAAUUUAAUGUUUUUGGUGUUAAAAAGUUCAUGACCAUGGGGGAACUAACGCUCACCAAUUUGUUCGAGUCUCAAACUAUAUUCGCCGACCACAAGGACCUCAUCCACGAUGUGGCCUACGAUUUUUACGGGGAACGAAUGGCUACUUGCUCGAGCGACCAGUAUGUGAAGGUAUGGGACUCAGAUGGCCGCGACGGCUGGAAGAUGACUGCCAGCUGGAAGGCGCACCACGGCUCCGUGUGGAAGGUCACCUGGGCGCACCCUGAGUUUGGGCAGGUCAUUGCUACCUGCUCGUUUGAUCGCACCGCUGCUAUUUGGGAAGAAGUUGGUGACACCACAGCCCCUGGGUCAGAGAAAGGUCUCCGGACGUGGCUGAAACGCUCCAAUCUAGUUGACUCCAGGACCUCUGUGACUGAUGUUAAGUUUGGACCUAAGCACUUGGGUCUUUUACUAGUCACAUGCUCAGCUGAUGGCAUUAUUAGGAUAUACGAAGCCCCCGACGUGAUGAACCUGGCGCAGUGGACGCUGCAGCAUGAGAUCCCCACCAAGGUGUCCAUCAGCUGUCUCUCCUGGAACCCCUCACUGUCCAGGGUAAACCCACCAAUGAUAGCGGUGGGCAGCGAUGAGCCGAACACAGCCGCCGCCGCGGUCACACCGGUCAAUGAUAAAGGCGUGGCGUGCAACGGGAAGGUUUUCCUCUACGAAUACAGCGAAGCGUCACGCCGCUGGACUCGAACUGACUGCCUCUCGUCAGUCCAAGAGCCUGUUAACGACAUCGCUUUUGCUCCCAACCUCGGCCGCUCAUUCCACCUCCUUGCUGUUGCUACUAAAGAUGUCCGGAUCAUCAAGAUAGAACCCAUCACAGAUACAUCGACCUCCUCAAACGGUUCAAGCGUGCGUUUCAAAACGGAAGUGAUGGCUGCGUUCGAGGAGCAUUACUCCUGCGUGUGGCGCGUCUCCUGGAACGUGACGGGCACCUUGCUGGCAUCCUCGGGUGACGACUGCAGUGUGCGCUUAUGGAAAAUGCAAUACCUGAACCAAUGGAAGUGCGUGGCCGUGUUCAAAAACGAGACCCUGCCCGGCGACAGCCCGCCCCUCUCGAGGCCGCACACCACCUACAUGCGUAUGGCCACCAUGGCCAACCCGGGCCAUAUGCCCUUCCACUGACCCCACCCCACCUGGCCACAGAGUAAGUAUACACAUGGUA